UCCCAUGAAGAUUUUUAAUCCCUCGCCCUCCUCCAUGGCACUGAUCCCUCUCUCUCUAACUUGCACUCUCUCUCUAAAUUUCCCCUCGCUAAUUUUCCUGUAAGAAAAACCCAAGUCCAAAACCCUUCAACUGAACUUUCCGGCAAGAACACGCCGGCAAACCCAGCCCCAAAAUCCUAAUCCAAAGCAAUCUCUCUCUAGCUUUGAUGGCAUGGAUCUAAGCGGUGGAAAGGCCCCUGAGAUCCCAGCCGUCCGAUUCACUGACACCAAGUCCAUCAACGGCCGGAAACUGCCGAGGAUCCUCUACAGGGAGUGCCUGAAAAACCAUGCUGCCAGCCUCGGCGGCCAUGCCCUGGACGGUUGCGGCGAAUUCAUGCCGAUCUCCGGCGAAAUUUUGGCCACGGGUAUCUCGCCGGAGGACCUCAAAUGUGCCGCCUGCGGCUGCCACCGCAACUUCCACCGCCGUGAAAUCGAGGGCGCCGAUAGCCGUGGUAUUCUCUGCGAUUGUUUCGUGAAAAAUAGCAGAAAACGAUCGCCUCCGCCUUACUACCAGGCGAGCUCUUUCAACUCAGCACCCCACAUGCUGCUAGCCCUGAGCGCUGGUUUGCCAGAGGGCGAGCAGGAAGUUAGAGAGAGAAAGUUGGUAGAGAGAGAAAGCAAUGGAAAUGGGAAGGAGGAGGGAGGAACGAGGAAGAGGUUCAGGACCAAGUUCACGGCGGAGCAGAAGGAGAAGAUGUAUGGGUUUUCUGAUAAAUUGGGGUGGAAGAUGCAGAAGCAAGACGAGGGUUUGAUUCAGGAGUUUUGCGAUGAGAUUGGGAUUAGAAGGUCGGUUUUGAAGGUUUGGAUGCAUAAUAACAAAAGCACUUUGGGUAGGAAGGAUCCACAUCUCAAUGGUAACGCUUCUUCUUAGUUUCUCUCUCUAAAAUUAUCUCUCUCUAUCUUCUCUUUGGUUUCUCGUUUUCUCUAUCUUUCUUUGGUUUUUUUAUUGAUGGAAUGGCAAGAAAAUGGGGAAAGGUCGAAGAGGUGAAGAGAAAGAAAACCCAUUUCACAAAUUACUAAAAUAGAGAGAGAAAACCCAUUUUUCAGGCGGAUUAUUUAUGUUGAGGUCUUCACUAAUGAGGCAAAUUGUUAUUACUUGUGCAUCUUGUAUUUUCUGCUUCCUUUUCUAUAUUUUGUUCAUUUUUUUUUUUUGUUUCUUUUUCACCGCCCCAAAAAAUGGGCAUGUUUUGAUAUCGAGGAUUAAUGGAGUUUUGAAACCCCAAUAGCUAUUGGUUUCCAUUUUGGUUCUACCACUUUGGGCACCACUUCUUUU